AUGGACAUCGACGAGGACGAGGCGUUCCUGUACGGCGACGCGCCCGCCGCAGCUCCCUCUGCAACCGAUGCGCAAGCAACCGACGCGCCCGCCGACGCCGACCCGGUCGACCAAGACGACGGCGAGGACGGCGACGACGGCGAUGAGGACGACGAAGACAGCGACGACGACCUCGAGAUCAUCCUCGACGGCGACGGUGCCGCUCCUCCUCCUCAAGCUCGCCGACCUCUUCCACCUCGUCCCGCCGCCCUCUCGCCGCAGAAGCCCAACAUUGCCCCGGCGCCGUCCGCCACGACCGAGUACGCCCCGCUCGACCGCCCGGGCGUCGCAAAGCCCCCGACGACCACCGCAGCCUCGACGUCGGUCGGCCCUCCCUCGCUCGCCCGCCCAGACCCGACCGCGACCGACCCAGCCUCUACCGCCGUCCUCGCCGCUCAGGCCCUCGAGGGCACGCCCAACCCGGACCUGCCCGUCACCCCGGGCGCAGGCGCCGACCCGCUCAAGCUCGCGCCAGGCGGCGGCGGCGGCGGCAGCGGCGUCACCGAGCUGGUCCCGCGCGGCUCGCUCACGCCCCUCGUCGUCGAGCUCAAGCCGUCGUCCAAGCCGACGUUCGACGUCGACGCCGUGCACAAGGACAGCACCGGGCGCGACCUGUUUGACGUCGACCUCGACCAGCUCGACGACAAGCCGUGGCGUCGCCCGGGCGCAAACAUGGCCGACUACUUCAACUAUGGCAUGAACGAGGCGACGUGGAAACACUAUGCGCGCAAGCAGCGCGAGCUGCGAGGGUCCGAGAGCGCGGCCGCCAACCCGUUUGCUGGCUUCGCGACGGGCAAUCUCCAGCAGGCGUGGGCCGACCUGUCGGCCGAGCACAAGCAGCUCCUCAUGGGCACCAUCAUGGGCUUCCAGCCGGGAGCCCCGAUGCCCCCGCCGGCGCACAUGGCCCAGAUGGCCCAGAUGGGCAUGAUGGCGGCGCAGGCGGGCGGCGGCGUUGGCGCCGGGGCCGGGGCGGGUGCAGGGGCGGUCGGGCCGGGCGGCGCGAUGAGCGGCAUGCAGGCGGCGAUGCAGGCGGCGAUGCAGCAGCAGGGCAUGGGCGGCAUGAUGGGCAUGAGCCCGGCGCAGCAGAUGGCCGCGAGGAACGGCAUGGCGCAGAUGCACGCUCAGCAGCAGCAGCAGCAGCACAUGCUCGCGCAGCAGCAGCAGUACCAGCAGCAGCAGCAGGCGCAACAGCAGCAGCAGCAGCUGGCGGCGGGCCAGGGCGGCGACGGCGAGGCGAGCAACGGCGUCAAGCGCGAGGACUCCGAGUCCGCCGCUCCUUCUGCGCACGCCGACGGCGACCUGUCCGGCGCGCAGGACGACCUCCAGUCGGGCGACGUCGCAGGGUUCGGGCCCGACGCCGGCAACCCGGCUUUUGGCGGCGUCCCAGGCGUGCCCAUGAACCCGAUGCUCGCCGCUCGAGGCGGUCGCGGCGGCAUGAUGGGCGGCAUGCGCGGCGGCCGCGGCUUGCCCGCCGUCCCGGGCAUGGGCAUGAUGGCUCGCGGCGGCGCCAUGGGCAUGGCCGGGCGCGGGCGCGGCGGCAUGGCGAUGGGCAUAGGCGCGGGAGCCGGUGGUGGCCCUGCCGCGGUCCCCACCGGCCCUCGCGCCGCGCUCCCGCCGGGCCACAUCCCGACGGGCCCUCGUGCGGGCGCCGCACCGCCGACCGGCCCGAGGGUCAGCGCGGCCCGCUCGUACCGCGACAAGGACGUCGACCGGUUCGGCGGCUCGUCGGGCGGUGCAGCCGACGGCGGGCUCGACUACGGCGCCGGCGCAGGUGGUGGCUCGGCCCCGUCGUCGCACGGCGCGCAUGACGACGCCGCCGCCGACCGCUCGCCGGCGCGCAGCCGCUCGAGGCGCGAGUCGCCCGACUACGGCCGCGACGCGCAGCCGCGGCGCAGCAGCCGGUACGAGCGCAGCCGCAGCCGUGAGCGCGCCCCGUCGACGCGCGACCGCAGCGACCGGGACCGCGAGCGCGAGCGCGAACGCGACCGCGAGUUUGAGCGCGAGCGCGACCGCGAGAGGCGGCGGGCGGCCGAGCACGACGGCGCCGCAGCCGGUGCGGGCGACAAGAAGCGCGGCGGCGGCGUGUCCGACUUUUUCCCGGACAAGCGCAGCGGUGGCGGCGGCGGCGGCGGGUCGGGGCGCGACGAGCGCAGCGUGUCGCCCGGGUUGCGGAUCCGGGGCGCGGGCGCGAGCGCGUCGGGCGCGCGCGACGAGUCGCCGCCGAGGCGCAGCAGCUCGAGGCGCGACGACCGCGACGACGGUGGGCGGCGGUCUCGCGGCGAGACGUACUCGCCCGGCCCGGACGGCGGGCGCAGGUCGUCGAGGCGGACCAAGUGGAGUGACGACGAGGGCGAGGCGGACGACUCGAGGAAGCGCAAGGCGGAGGACGACGUCGAGGGCGACCGGCCUCGGCGCAGGUCGACGAGGAGGGCAGACUGAGGCGAUGGCGAUGGAGGAAAAGCGGGCGUUGGAGCUUGGUCGACGACGCUUGUGCAGCGCAGCUUGUUCGCGCUU